UAUAUAAGUCCAGGACGAGAUCGACCAUGGCCACAGUCUCCAAGCUGCCGUGGUUCAGGACGAGUAUCUGCGACAAAUCAAGCUGAUAGAGAUGUGGAAGGUAACGGUCAUCUGCGUGUGCCUGGCUCAGUGGGCAAGCUGCCAGUUCCCGUUCGCACAACAACGCUUCGCACCCCAGACCCGGUUCCAGCCACAGCCCGUGUAUACUCCCGGAGUGCAGAGCUACGCCCCUCAACCGUACAGCUUCGCGUACGACGCCAUCGGUGCCGACGGCUCGAGCAGCCGCAGCGAGUCUGGUGACGCGAGCGGCCGAGUGACGGGUUACUACACGAUCACCACGAGUGAAGGCUCCCGUCGCCGCGUCAGUUACGUGGCCGACGAGAACGGCUUCCGCGCCACCGUGGACACCAACGAGCACGGCACCGCGGACGAGUCGCCAGCGGACGUCGUGUUCCGAUCCACGGCACCCAAGGUCCACGGCGGAGUCACCUCGCGGGCAUCGAGCGCCCAGCCCACCUUCUCAGCUCCGCAACAGCAAGUCUUCGUGCAGCAACGGUAUCCGUUCUCGAAGGCUUAGCUCCCUGGUGAGGAUCGGGACUCUGGCUGUGGCCGAAGCAGCACACGCGCGUCUGUGCUGCUAAGCCUACCGCGAUGGCGGCGCUUGUAUAACCAUCCGGUGUUUGAGAUAAGAAUAAAACGAGUGGGUGGAA